AAGCUAGCAACUAGACAUUCAUAUUAAGCUAGCUGCUUCAUCACUGGCUGCCAGCUUCGGUGUUCUCGGGCUGCAUUCACAGUGUUAGUUAUAGGCCGACGACAGUUUUACAGAAAAUGGCUCUACUAACGACGUUAUUUGCGUUCCUGUACCACCUGCCGCAGGUGUACAAGUGGCUUCUGAAGCCUUACUAUGUAGCCUCUCUAUUUAUGUCCAUAGCCUUUCUAGCUGUUCGAAAGACGCCUGGCAUCUGCGACCAACUGAACACACAGCGAGAGGACGGCAACCCCUGCGACUUCGACUGGAGGGAGGUGGAGAUCCUCAUGUUCCUCAGUGCCAUUGUCAUGAUGAAGAACAGACGAGCGAUUACGGUGGAGCAGCAUUUGGGCAACAUCAUCCUGUUCAGCAAAGUGGCCAACGUCAUCCUGUUCUUCAGGCUGGACAUCAGGAUAGGCCUUCUGUACCUGACGCUCUGCAUCGUCGAGCCCCUCAUGUUUCCCUCUCUGUUGUCUCAGUGUUUUCUGAUGACCUGUAAGCCUCCUCUCUACAUGGGACCAGAGUACAUCCAGUACUUCAGCGACAAAACCAUCGAUGAUGAGUUGGACAGAGACCCUCGUGUGACCUGGAUUGUUGAAUUCUUCGCCAACUGGUCUCCAGAGUGCCAGUCCUUUGCCUCCGUCUACGCUGAUCUGUCCCUGAAGUAUAACUGCGCCGGUCUCAAGUUCGGUAAAGUGGACAUCGGACGUUAUGGAGAGGUUUCCAAAAAGUACAAGGUGUCCGCGUCCCCGCUGUCCAAGCAGCUGCCCUCCCUGGUGUUGUUCCAGGGCGGGAAGGAGGUGAUGCGCCGCCCCCAGGUGGACAAGAAGGGAAGAGCCGUGUCCUGGAGCUUCACUGAGGAGAACAUCAUCCGAGAGUUCAACCUGAACGAGCUCUACCAGAAAUCCAAGAAGCUCAACAAGAGCAAGGAGGACCAGCUCAUGCAGUCGCAGUUUUCCCCCCCCGUCCCCGAAAGAGGACGAGCUCCGAGCCAGCCGGGACCCCCCGCCGGAGGAGGGCGUGGUCGAGGUCCAAGAAGGACAAAUAAGGACGGAUUGAUGAAGAGCAGCUUAACUGAACAGUUUUCCUCUCUGGGAGAUGCUAUAAUGGUCGGUCUCUCCGGCACCGUCAUGCUGCUGUGUGCACGGAGCCUGUCCUGCACACUGAUUGGCUGA